AUGGCGCGCUCCGCCUCCGCGACGGCCAUUGACCCUGCCAUGGUUCUCUCUCACAAGUUCCCCGAGGUCGCGUCCGCGUACGAUGAGAGGUCGCCAUCGCCCAGGAUCUGCUCGAUGGAACGUCCCAACGGCUGCUCGGAAUGGGAUGUAGCGCUGUACGCGCUGGGGGUGGGAGCUUGCAAUGCAGAUGCAGCGGAUGAGAAGGAGCUUCAGCUGGUGUACCACAGGGAUGGGCAGUCUUCCAUUAAGGUUUUACCCACUUUUAUUUCUGUACUUAAUGCAAAAACUGGCGAUGGGUUUUACAUGGAUGUCCCUGGGCUUCACUAUGACCCAGCACUUCUACUGCAUGGCCAGCAAUACAUAGAGAUAUAUAGACCAAUUCCUUCACGAGCUAAUGUUGCUAACAAAAUUAAAAUAGCUGGUUUGCAUGACCGAGGGAAGGCCGCUAUUCUUGAAGUUGAAACACUAACCUGUCUUGAAGGUUCUGGUGAAGUUUUGUGUAUGAAUAGGAGUACUAUCUACUUGCGUGGUGCUGGUGGCUUCUCCAACUCUUCACAACCGUUCUCAUAUGCCACUUAUCCUUCUAAUGAGGUUUCCGAUGUUACAUUUCCAGAUUCCACACCUUUUGCUGUGUGUGAAGAUCGCACUCAGAAAUCCCAGGCACUACUCUGCGGCUUAUCUGGCUAUUUUCAUCCUUUGCAUUCAGAUCCCAUCUUUGCACAGGCUGCAGGGUUUACACGCCCAAUAAUGCCUGGACUGUCAACGCUUGGAUUUGCUGUUCGAGCUAUCAUGAGGUCAUUCUGCGACAUGGAACCAACAGCCGUGAAAGCUAUCUCCUGCCGGUUCCUGCACCAUGUCUACCCAGGGGAAACUCUGGUUACUGAGAUGUGGCUUGAAGGACAGAGGGUGUACUACAGAACUAAGGUGAAAGAGCGCGGUCGAGCAGUGCUCUCAGGAUACGUGUUACUCCAAAACGUCCCUUCACCACUACGUCGUCAGUAUCCUUGCCAUGUUGCCAUGAAAUUCUUUGGUAUUGCUUGUCUUAUGAGUAUAGUUGUCUCCGAUGUUUGA